AUGGAUCGCUCAGCUUACAUGUCCCAACCAUCAGCAUCUGGAGGAAGCUCAGGAGGUGGUAGUUUCGUCCGUGAAGAAUACGCCUUUGGUGGACCACAACAAAGCAUGCCUCCUAAGAGAAAUUCAACGUCGUGGGCACCAUAUGGUUUAGCUGGUUUGAAACCUUCACUACCUGAUGAAGAGAUUAUUGAAAAACUUCGUAAAAGUUCAAAAUAUUUUUCUAAGAUUAUUACUACAAAAGAAAAAAAUUUAUCAAAAAUAAAUGAUAAAAGCGAGAGAACUUCCAUAACUGUUAAAAGUCAACGUAAAGAGCAAGCCGGUUUAAAGGCUGUUAAAGAAAUUGAAGAAUUACGAAGUGACAAAGUUAAAUAUGCAAUAUGGAUGGAAACACUUAUUGGUGAUGAAUAUAUAGGAAAAAAUAAUGAUGAAAUUAAUUUAAUGAUUGUUUCUAAUAUUAUAAAGAUUUGCGCAAUUGCAUCUCCUGAAAUACCAUUUCGUAACAAGGAAGCUGCUGCAGAAAUUUUUGAAAUAGUUUUGGAUGUAUUUCCAAAAGUUGUUAGCGUUGAUAACAAUUUAUUCGAUGACUACUAUGAAAUUCUAAAUAUUUUUUAUCUUUACGAUAUUGAAAGUAUUGUUCUGAAUUGGAUAGGUACUAGUUGCUUGAAAUCUACAGAAAAAUUAUUAACAUCAAUAAUUAAAUGUGCUGAAAUAACAAUACCAUUAAAUUCUAGUGGAAUUAUUAUUAGAAAAGUUGGUGAAUUGGGAUCACUAUUAACUAAAAUUUUGGUUCGUAUUUUAUCAAAUAUGUAUAUUGAUAUAGAAACUUUGGAUGUAUUAUUUUAUUAUCUUGUAGAGCCACAGAAAGAAAAUUUUAAAAAAAGUUAUGAAUUGUGUUGUAAAGCUUUGUCUAAAGAGGAUGCUUCUAAUGCAGUUAUUGGAGCUGGUAGAAUUAUUCGUGAAUCAUUGGAACAUGAUUCUUUGUUCACUGGUAAACGUACUGGUGGUAAAUUAUUUAGUGUAAUACAAUCUUUAGAAAAGACCGUACCCGGUUUUAUUAAUGAUCUGAUUGAUCAUAUAGAACGACUAGCCAUUUUAGGUAAUAACAGUAAAGCUAGAUAUUGUUUAUGGAGAUGUGUUGCUGAGUCUAAUAGUAAAGUGUUAAGUAAGAUUUCAAAACCAGAAGAUGUCUUUCGGUAUCGACCAGAGUGGACUGAUAUUGAAAAAGCAAUUAAUGUCGAAAUAAUAGGAAAAAUUAUUGAAAAUAGCAAUGGGACAUUACCUUUUAUUGAUUCUUAUAUUGUAAAAUUAUUUAGAGAUACACAUUUUUUAUCAAAAGACAAAAUGCUUGUAUGGAUUAAUAGUAUAUUUACUAAAGAUCCUUCAAAAAUAAGUAAAAGAAUUUUUGAAAGUAUUGGAAGGUUGGUGAAUGAUCCAGAUGAAUAUUUCAGACAUAAAGCAAUGAUUUUUUUGAGCAGUGUUCAUAAGUCAUUAUAUAUUAAUGGUGCUAGUGAUACUUACAAAGAAGAUGUAAUACAUGCAUUAUCGUUUUUUUUCAACAGUGUUAUUCAUAAAAAUCAUUCUGAUAUUCAAAGGUUAGAGACGAUUUUAGUCAGUUCUAUAUUAUCUCCAAGUAUUAGUGAGGAAGAAAGAAUAGAUAUUUUAGAAAAAUUAUUUAUUUGUCUAAACUCAAAUGGAAUUUCUACUUAUUGUCUUUUAUUGCAUAAUCGUUUGAGAUUGUUUGAAAUUGUACGAUAUACAUUGCUUGAGUAUAAAGAAACAUCAACUGUGGCAGAUAUUCAAACUAAAAAUGAAUUUUUAAAAAUUUACUCAAAACCAAAUGCUUCUAGUUUAUACAAUCAUCUUCCUAAAUUCUAUUAUGCUAUUAUGAAACUUGGGAAGUUUGAGAAUAUUUAUGACAUAUAUACAUCAGGAAAAUUGUCAAUAAAAUCUGUUCAAAAAAAUUUGACAGAGAUACUAGAAGAAUUAAUGAAUUUAUCAAUUGAGAAAGAAAGUAUCGAUCAAUUCCGAAAACUUAUUGAAAGAUCAGCACCGUUUCUUAUGGAUUCUUCCUUUGGUAAAUGUAUGCUUUCAAGUUUGUUAAAAUUAGCUAAAGAUGGAAAAAAAGCUAAUAUUUUAAAAGUAUCUUACUUGACUGAAAUUUUAAGAUAUACAUCAAAGGUGUUUGGAUUUAAUUUUUUGUUUUCAAAUUCUUUGGAUAUGGUUGCAGAUAUUAUUGGUUACUUUGAACUUGAACCUAUUUCUGAUUGUGGCAUGUAUAUACUAAAAAAUAUUUUUACUUCAAAUAUUGAAUUUGAUUUAAUUCCUGGGGACAGAGAAAUGCUUACAAAUAUAAUAAUGAAGUCAUUUGAAAAAGCUACUCCAAAAGCUGUAAAAUAUGGUAUUUUUAUUCUUCUUCAUAUAACACCUGAAGAUGAAAUUCAAGGAAUUGUAGAUAAUUUAACAAAAACAUUUUCUAAUAAAUUAGAAAAAGAAUCACCACAGUGUGGGAGAUCAUUUAGAAUUUUAUCAGGGAUUGCUAAAUUUAAAAAAGUAACAAAAGAUGGUCAUAUUAUUGAAGUGAAAUUUCCUGAAGGAUUUUGGAAGGAUAUUGUUGAAAAAGCUUUACAUGUAAUUGAAAACGGGCCAAAAAAUUUAAGUGAACAUUACAAAGUUAUUUCAAAUAGUGAAUUGAGAGAGGCUAUUAUGAAUCCUAGUUCUAGAGUUCUUAAUUCUUUUGAAAAAAAAUAUUCUUUUGCUGUAAAGCAUGAUGGUGUGCGAUUACCACUUUCUAUGAAUCAGUUUGUUGCUUUUCCUUUAUAUUUUGAUACAUCAACACAUAACAUUAUGGAGACGGAUGUAAUAGAAAAAGUAGCAAAUAUCUUUAGAAAUUUAUUAAUGAGUGAGUUAAAUUAUUGGUUGGAUUUUUCUAGUGAUCAAGAGUCAACAAUUAAAUAUUACAUUUCAAAAACGUUACUAUUCCUAAAUCUUAAUAGUGAUUUGAAUGCAAAUUUGGAUUUUUCAAAUUUGGUGGCUGUAUCAAGAUGUCUUUAUGAUACUGAUUAUGAUGUACGCUCUAAAUUAGUUGUCAAAAUAGCAGAAAAUGUAUAUCGUGGGGGAGCACCUUUGUUUUCAUUAUUACCAAUGGUUUUAUUUUCUAGUAGACAUAAUGUUAAUAUUAAUAUUGAACAAACUUUUAGAUGUCGUGUAAUGAGUGUUUUUUCUCAUUUAAUUACAGAACAACAAAAAUUAUUUUAUAAAUUUAAAGAUAAAACAGAUUAUUAUCCGUUUAUCCUUUCUGAAUACUUAAUAUCCUAUACAAUUAUAUGCAUAUCGUUAACACCAGGAUAUAACAAUUUUAGAGAUAUGGAUGUAAUUAAAAGAUCAAUUGUUGUUUUUGAAGCAAUAUUAAUGACAUACAAUAUGUUGUCAAAAAUUGAAAGCAAAUUAGUUUUAAUAAGUGAAGGGCGUACAGAUAAAUCAUCAUUUAUUGAUGCUGAUCUUAGAGUUUCUGUCUUAUCUGAACUUUGUCUUUCUUUGGGUGAACUAGUAUUUGGAAUAUUUGGUACAACAACUCAAACAGCACCUGAUGUGAAAUUUUCAAAAUCAAUCUUUGUUAAGGUUAAGCGUUCUAAAAAACAAAUAUUAUCAAUGAACGCUAAUAUAAAUGAAUUGUGUCAAUCUGCCAAAAAACCAACAAAAAUAACAGAUGUUGUAGUAAAGUCAUUAAUUGCUAUUAAGAAAGGUAGCAAUAGUACAAAAGAAGGCAAACCUAAAAUACCAACUUUAUCAAGUAGUUUAAGUAAUAAAACAAAGUAUGCACCUCCUAUAAUUAUUGAUAAAAGUAACGACGAAGAUAUUAUUGAUUCUAGUACAACAAAAUUAAAAAACAAAAAAAGUAAUUCAAAUAAAAGGUUUUUAGUAGAAAUUUCUGAUUCUGAAGAUUCAAUAAAUGAAAAUGGUAUUUCUAAUAAGGAAACAGUUAGUAAAUUAAAUGUUCAAAAGGAUUCUAUCAAUAAUGGAAAGAAAAAUGAUAAAUCUACACAUAGCAAAACCGAUCAAAUCUCUCCAGGAAAUAAUGUAGCUUCUAAAAGAAUUACUAGAAGUAAAGUUAAACGUGAUGGUCUUAUUUCUAUUGCUGACAAACCUACUGUACCAUCUGAAAUUUCAUGUGAUAUGUCAGAAAGUGGUAGAACUUUAUCGAGUUCUUCAAAAAAUAAAAAAGAUAGUACAAAUUUUGUCAAAAUGUCUGCGGAAGAAAAAAAAGGUAGAAAACUUUCAUUGCUUAAUAGUGUUGUUAACAAAAACAUUGAUGAAGAUUCUAUUUCUAUAGAAAAUAUAUCUGUCAUUCAACCAUUAGAAUCUGACAAAGAACAUGAAAGAUCACUUUUUGAUAUGGCUGAAAGGAAUGAGAACAGAAAGAAAAUUCGUAAAAGGCGAGUACUUAGUAAAGAUAAUGAAAAUGGUAUUUUAAAGAAAAAUAUUAAAGGAUCUUUUGAUGAACCUUUAGCUUCUUCUACACCAUGCGUAAGGCAAAUUACAAGAAAAAAAAAGAAUACUAAUAUCACUUAA